AUGAUGGUCCAGGCAUGGAUCGUGGUGGCCCUGGGCAUGCUGGCCACGUGCUGCUGUGGUGAGAUGGUAAUGCAUGGCUUUGCGCCAUUCACCUCGAGUGAGCUUGAAAUGAUUCAUGCCCAACUGGCCGAUGUCACGCCGUCGGCGUUGCUGAGAUCGCCACAAGCCUUGGGCCGCACCGACCGCCUGGGAUUCUUGCGGAUUCCCAAGAGCGGCUCUACCAGCGUAGAUAGCACCAUCCGUGUUCAAAUGGGCUAUUGUGCCAACGCCUGUGAGCCCAUGGUGGAUGCCUGCAGCAGCUGUCUCUACUCGACCAACUGCACGCCCUGCAAGCUGUCGCCUCGCCUUCAGGCCUGCUACGACUGCCCACACAUCCAACUCGAUCAAAUCGAUGGUGGCUUUAAGCAGAUCAACCACGCAUACAGACAAAGCGGGUUUGAGGGUGGCCACUUGUACCUCCUGACCGUGGUGCGCGAUCCCGAGACUCGACUCCUUUCACACUUUUUCUUCAUCCGAUCAGCGUGUCGCUAUCGGCACCUGGCCUCACCAGACCAGCUGCCACCGGGCGACAAGAGCAUCCCCCUGCUCUGGCUGGUUACCCUCCCAGUGGCCAUGCAAGACGCCAUCUGCGAUGCCGACUUUGAGUACUUUUUGCGCCACCACCUCAUUGUGCACGAGACCUAUACGCGUUUCUUGCUGAGUCGCAACUCCCUCGGCCCAAUAUCCGCCUCGGAGUGCGUCGAGGCCAUCCGGGUCUUGGCGGAUCGAUUCCAUUUGUUUGCUACAACCCAGCACCUUCCGGCGCUGCGAUUGAUGAUGCAUUAUCUGUUUGGUCGACGCUACGAGGGAUGGUCACUGCCCUUCCCCGAGUCAAACAAUGCCGACUACUCGCACGCGCGCAGCACUCGCCCGGACGAGGCGCGCGGCGUACUGGAGCACAACACCACACUGCAAACGCUUUCGCGCUUGCGUAACCGGUGUGAUGCUCUGAUUUUUGACUACGCGCUGCGCUGGAGCACGCCCUACUAUACAGAAAUGGUCCCGGAAGCCGAAGCCUUUUUGGAACUCAGCCUGACGGAACUUCGCAAACUGCACGAGCAAAACACGUAG